UAUGGGAUGAAGGCUGGAGGUUACCGGGAACAGAAAAGGAGACCUGAAGGCAGCUUCCCAUUUGUAAAGUGAGCAGUAAUUGUGAGAGGACAGGCAGCACAGUUGGAAUCAAUAGUCUUCUUUCUUGCAGCUAAGAGCUCUCUAGUCUCCCAGUAGGUCAAGGGAAGUAACUCCAGUGCACUGCUUACUGCAGAGUUGUACAGAAGUAAAGGCACGAGGCUGCAGCACUGGUACAUCACGCUUCCCGUUGCCAAGGACACAACUUUUUUUCGAGUCAUCGAAGGUUUUCCUACUCUUGCACCACAAUCCCGAGGACUGUGCCAGGAUGGACAAUGAUGAAUGAUCAACUCUGAUUCCUUCAAAUCUGCUUCUACCAAGAAGAACCAGCCUGACUUUUUCCUCUUACUGUACGAACCUCUCCAGGCACAAGACCAGGAACCAUGCAAGUGAUUCUUACAAUUCCAUUAGCCUUUGGGAUCUUUUUCUUCUGGAUAGCCUUGAACUCGACGCUGAAACCAGCAACUGGAUCGGAGCAGCAGAUCCCCUUAUCUAUGGUAAAGCUCUGGGCCUCGGCAUUUGGUGGGGAGAUCAAAUCCAUAGCAGCAAAAUACUCAGGUUCUCAGCUCCUGCAGAAGAAAUACAAAGAAUUUGAGAAGGAAGUUUCCAUAGAAGAAAUAGAUGGACUUCAACUUGUCAAAAAACUUGCAAAGGACAUGGAGGAGAUGUUCCACAAGAAGGCAGAGGCAGUUCGGAGGCUGGUUGAAGCGGCUGAGGAGGCACAUUUGAAGCAUGAAUUUGAUGCUGAUCUACAGUAUGAAUACUUCAAUGCAGUCCUCAUAAAUGAACGGGAUGAAGAUGGAAAUUUUGUCGAGCUGGGAAAAGAGUUUUUGCUUCUACCGAAUGACCACUUUAAUAACUUACAUGUAAACGUCACAUUGAGUGAUGUCCAAGUGCCAACCAAUGUUUACAACAAAGAUCCUGAAAUAGUGAAUGGAAUUUAUUGGUCGGAGUCUUUAAAUAAGGUGUUUGUGGAUAACUUUGACCGUGACCCUUCCCUCAUAUGGCAAUAUUUUGGAAGUGCGAAGGGAUUUUUUCGGCAAUACCCUGGUAUUAAAUGGGAGCCAGAUGAGAAUGGUGUCAUUGCAUUCGACUGCAGAAACCGAAAAUGGUACAUCCAGGCAGCUACCUCCCCAAAAGAUGUAGUGAUUUUGGUUGACAAAAGUGGGAGCAUGAAAGGACUCCGUCUGACGAUUGCGAAGCAAACGGUAUCUUCUAUUUUGGACACCCUUGGAGAUGAUGACUUCUUCAACAUUAUUGCCUAUAAUGAAGAAAUUCAAUACGUCGAACCGUGUCUGAAUGGGACGUUAGUACAAGCAGACAGAAACAACAAAGAGCACUUCAGGGAGCAUUUAGAUAAAGUUUCAGCCAAAGGGAUAGGAAUGUUGGACGUAGCACUGAACGAAGCCUUUGACUUGCUGAAUGAGUUCAAUCACACAGGAGAAGGAAGCAUCUGCAGUCAAGCCAUAAUGUUAAUUGCUGAUGGAGCUGUUGACACCUACGAUACAAUAUUUGCCAAGUACAACUGGCCAGACAGAAAGGUGCGCAUAUUCACCUAUCUGAUUGGAAGAGAAGCUGCUUUUGCAGACAACAUGAAAUGGAUGGCUUGCGCCAAUAAGGGCUUUUUUACUCAAAUAUCCACGCUAGCUGAUGUACAAGAGAAUGUCAUGGCAUAUCUACAUGUCUUGAGUAGACCAAAAGUUAUUGACCAGGAGCAUGACGUCGUGUGGACAGAAGCUUAUGUAGAUAGCACGCUCCCUCAGGCUCAAAAGCUUGCCGAUGAUCAGGGACUGGUUCUGAUGACAACCGUCGCAAUGCCAGUAUUCAGUAAACAGAAUGAAACCAGAUCAAAGGGUGUUCUCCUAGGUGUGGUUGGCACAGAUGUUCCAGUUAAAGAACUUUUAAAGGCCAUUCCAAAAUAUAAGCUGGGAAUUCACGGAUAUGCUUUCGCUAUUACAAACAAUGGCUACAUCCUGACUCAUCCAGAACUGAGACCUCUAUAUGAAGAAGGAAAAAAACGCAGGAAACCAAAUUACAGCAGUGUGGACUUAUCUGAAGUAGAGUGGGAAGACCGAGAUGAUGUGCUGAGAAAUGCAAUGGUAAAUCGAAAAACUGGAAAAUUUUCUAUGGAAGUAAAGAAGACAGUGGACAAAGGGAAACGAGUCUUGGUGAUGACAAACGACUACUACUACACAGACAUCAAGGGCACCCCAUUUAGCUUAGGAGUGGUUCUUUCAAGAGGACAUGGCAAAUAUUUCUUCAGAGGAAAUGUCACAGUAGAAGAAGGUUUACAUGAUUUAGAACAUCCCGAUGUUUCCUUAGCCGAUGAGUGGACCUACUGCAAUACUGACUUGCACCCAGAACAUCGGCACCUCACACAGCUGAAAGCUAUUAAAAAAUACCUCACAGGAAAAGAGCCAUUAUUAGAAUGUGACAAGGAGCUUAUACAAGAGGUUUUGUUUGAUGCUGUGGUCAGUGCUCCACUGGAAGCUUACUGGACUAGCCUGGCACUAAACAAAUCGGAAAAUUCAGACAAAGAUGUAGAGAUUGCUUUCCUGGGAACGCGCACUGGACUCACUCGUGUGAAUCUUUUUGUGGGACCAGAGCAGCUCACUUACAAAGAUUUUCUUACAUCCGAGGACAGAGAGAGCAUUUACAAUGCCGACCACUUCCCCCUGUGGUACCGCCGAGCUGCUGAACAAAUUCCCGGAAGCUUUGUGUACUCCAUUCCAUUUAGUACAGGUUCAGUGAACAGAAGUAUGGUUGUUACCGCCAGUACAGCCAUACAGCUUCUUGAUGACCGAAAAUCACCAGUGGUGGCAGCUGUCGGUAUUCAAAUGAAGCUUGAAUUUUUCCAAAGAAAAUUCUCAAUUGCCAGCAGACAGUGUGCGUCACUGGAUGGGAAGUGUUCACGAACUUGUGAUGACGAUGUUUUGAACUGUUAUCUCAUUGACAAUAACGGCUUCAUCCUGGUCUCUGAAGACUACAGACAGACUGGGCGUUUUUUUGGAGAAAUUGAAGGUGCCGUGAUGAACAAGUUGUUAACAAUGGGUUCAUUUAAAAGGAUAACCCUUUAUGACUACCAAGCCAUGUGCAGAGCAAAUAAGGAGAGCAGUGACUGCGCCCACAGCCUGCUCGAUCCCUAUCAUGCCUUGUUUGCUGCUGUAAAAUGGAUAAUGACAGAGCUUAUCCUAUUCCUGGUGGAGUUCAAUCUAUGCAGUUGGUGGAACUCAGGCCAUUCUGUGAAAGCUCAAAGGCUAAAGCAGACUCUGGAGCCCUGUGAUACAGAAUAUCCAGCUUUUGUAUCUGAGCGGACCAUAAAGGAGACUACGGGCACCAUUAACUGUGAAGACUGCACCAAGUCAUUCGUCAUUCAGCAAAUCCCCAGUAGCAAUCUCUUCAUGGUUGUGGUGGACAACGUCUGCAGCUGUAGCAAUGUGGCCCCAAUCACUAUGGCACCUAUUGAAAUAAGAUACAACGAAUCCCUCAAAUGUGAACGCUUAAAAUCCCAGAAGAUACGACGGCGACCAGAAUCUUGCCAUGGAUUCCAUCCAGAAGAAAAUGCCAGAGAAUGUGGUGGAGCUUUUAGCAUCUCUUCCCAGCCCAUAGCAAUGCUUCUAUCUCUUUUAAUGGUCUAUAUCUCCAGGUGACAUUGACUGCAUUGACUCCAUGGCAUGCUACACACUUGGACAAACUGUGAACUGAGAUGAUUGGUGCAAUAUAGAAGAGACGAAAUGUAGUCUAAACAUCAGCAUUUCAUGACUUUAAACUGUUGGAGAGGAUUAAAAAAAACAAAAAAAAAACACUCUCCCAUAUUCAAGCAAGAUUAUUCUUCAAAAUCCGCAAAUCAUGCAGCUGUGAAAGCCUCAUUAAAUUAUCACACCCCAUUACAACCGGACAGCAGACACUGGUGACCCUCAUUUUC